CUGGGCCUCUCCUACAUCAUCCGGUCAAUGGGCACAAAGAUGCUUCCCUCCCGGCACACCCACUUGUUCAGGCAGCUUCAGGGACUAAAUCAGAGAAAUGACAGGAGCGGCAUCAUGAAUGGUCUAGCCCAGGACAACAGGACCUCAAAGUGGAGGAGACCCUCAGGGACCCGAGGGUGGGGGCAGGGCAGACAACCCAGAAGAUGUGGUUUCACCUUAUCAUCCCCCCCAGGUGGGGCCCAGGCCUGGGUUGCCAUGGAUACCACAUCCCUGGAGCAUCAGAUCCAGAGCGUGCAACGCCACAUCAGCUUCCUGAAAAAGGAGCAGAUGGCCCUGCUGCGUGACCUGCACCUGGAGAUCCUGAGGCUGCAGAAACGCUGCUCAGAACUGACCCAUGAUCUGGAGAUGAGAGAGGCCCAGUCUCACCAGCAAGAGGCGGCGUCCCAGGAGCUGGAGAGCAAGUGCCGCGCGCUGGAGUCGCAACUGGCCGAGCGGGCAGCGGCCAACGCGGAGCUGCGGCGGGAGGUGGCGCAGCGCGAGGUGCUGGUGUCCGCGCUGCGCGGCAGCCUGCGCGCCGAGGAGCGGCGCUUCCUGGAGGAGCUGCGCCGCCGCAGCCACCGCGCCACCGUGCUGGGCGCCGAGCUGCAGAAGCACACCGAGGCGGCCGCCUACCUCUCCUGCCAGCUGCACGCGGCGCGCCAGAGACUGCAGGUCCUAGCAGAUGAGCACUGA